UGAAAAAAAAACGCAAUUGGAAAAGGAUAAGUCGAAAAAUAAUUUUUUUUAUCAGAAAUGGACGAUAUAAACGUAUUUCAACAGUUUCUGAAAGAUGUGAAACAUCUCAAGGAUUUGGAACUACAGCACGUGCAUAAUAAACGCUGCAGUCAAAAUAAAGGAAGCACAAUAAACAAAGCAAAGCGGAGGCGUCCGCGGUUCAACCCAUUAGAAGAAAUGAACGAAAUUGAAUUUCGUAAAAAAUACCGGUACACAAAAGAAAAUAUGCGACGAAUUAUUGAAAUUGUGCGAGAUGACUUGGAAGUUGACUAUUAUGCGCCAAUGAAAAGAAACCAAGUGCCCAUAGACUUGCAAAUUUUAUCGGCAAUUCGUUUUUUCGGCGGCACUGAGCAUCCGGAACUAUCAGCCAUGGCGCACGGCGUUAGUCUGCAUACUAUGGCCAAGAUAACGCGUCGUGUUGCUGCUGUAUUAUCAUCAAAGGCAUCAAGUUAUAUUAGAAUGCCCGCAACACUUUCGGAAAAGGAACGAAUGAUGCGUUCAUUUCAAUCCUUAUCCAAUAUGCCCCAAGUAAUUGGAGCUCUCGUGCAAACCACUGUGCGUUUGCAAUUGGACAGUUCCCGGGUCCAGGCUUCUAGGAGUUGCUAUAGUGGAACUGAAUCGCCCGCGCCAAUUGAGGAACUUGUGCAUUUACAGGUAGUUGCAGAUGCAGAGCAUAAAAUCAGAGAUCUGGAUAUACGUCUUUCUGAGGAGCUUGAUCUGAGCACAGCACCAGAAUUGUUUUCGUUAUCGAGGAUUAAGGAACGUUUCGAACAAAAUGAAUUCCGUGGACGCAUUCUGCUUGGAAAUGACUCUUUGUCUUGCUCCCCCUGUCUCUUCACUCCCGUUCAGUACCCGAAAACUAAAGCUGAGGAUCUCUAUAAUCAUGCACAUGCAAUCACCUUUGCGCCGGCAAUAAAAUGCCUAAACGUUUGGAUGCGUCGCUUCGGCAUUCUCGGCAGUGAACUCUUAGGAACAUUUGGUUCGGCAAAACAAACAAUUACCGCAUUAGCCGUUCUCCAUAACAUGGCGAUGGAGUGGAAUGAUCCUAGCAUAGAUGCUGAUAGUUGCUUAUCCGUCUACAAGCCCAACUUUUUAGGUUAUGCUCAUGGUACAUCGACUAUCGAGGAACAACGUAAUAGAAACGAAUUUAUUAAGUCACAUUUUUCAAAUAACUAAGCAUUUGUAAGUAUGAUUAU